CGCCGCGCUCUGUCGCACUUGGACACGCACACGACGCAGAUGCUGCGGAAGUCCGGCACCCAGCGCCGGCAGCCGGCGCUGUGGCGGCGGUGCCGUAGCCUCCGCCAAAUCAAGCAGGUCCACACCCUCCUGGUCCUACAGGGCUUCCUCUCGGACCCCUCCGCGCUCCGCGAGCUCCUCUUCGCGUCCGCCGUCGCCGUGCGCGGCGCCAUCGCCCACGCCUACCACGUGUUCGAGCAAAUCCCGCAUCCGGACCUUUUCAUGUACAACACCCUCAUCCGCGGCGCCGCGCACACCUCCGCGCCCCGGGACGCCGUCUCCCUCUACGCGCGCAUGGCGCGGCGCGGCGGUGGUGGCGUGAGGCCCGACAAGAUCACCUUCCCGUUCGUGCUCCGGGCGUGCACCGCCAUGGGCGCGGGUGACACCGGGGCGCAGGUGCACGCCCACGUCGUGAAGGCUGGACUGGAGUCCGACUCGUUCGUCAAGAACGCGCUCAUCGGCAUGCACGCAAGCUGCGGAGAGCUGGGUGUUGCAGGUGCUCUGUUUGACUGCAGGGCGCGUGAGGACGCCGUGGCGUGGUCGGCCAUGAUCAGCGGCUGUGCAAGGAGAGGGGAUAUUGGUGCUGCCCGGGAGCUGUUCGACGACUGUCCUGUGAAGGACCUUGUCUCCUGGAACGUGAUGAUCACCGCAUAUGCCAAGCGGGGGGAGAUGUCACCAGCAAGAGAGCUGUUCGACCGAGCACCUGAGCGUGAUGUCGUGUGCUGGAACGCCAUGAUUUCCGGGUAUGUGAGAUGUGGCUCGCACAAACAUGCCAUGGACCUGUUCGAGGAAAUGCAGCGCAUGGGCAAAAAGCCAGAUGUUGUCACAAUGCUGUGCUUACUGUCAGCUUGUGCCGACUCCGGUGAUUUAGACAUCGGCCUAAGGUUGCAUUCCUCUCUGAAAGAGAAGUUCCCAGGAACUGGUUUCACUGUCGUCCUGGGCAAUGCACUGAUUCACAUGUACGCAAAAUGCGGGAGCAUGAAGUCUGCACUUGAGGUGUUCUGGGUAAUGCGAGAUAAGGAUGUCUCAACUUGGAACUCUAUCAUAGGAGGGUUGGCAUUACAUGGCCAUGCCCUGGAGUCUAUUGAUGUGUUCAAGAAAAUGCUGAAAGAGAAAGUCAGGCCUGAUGAGAUCACCUUCGUCGCGGUCCUUAUCGCAUGCAGCCAUGGUGGUAAGGUUGACAAGGGGCGUGAGUACUUCAAGUUGAUGCAACAGCAGUACAGGAUUGAGCCCAAUGUCAAGCACUACGGUUGCAUGGUUGACAUGCUGGGUCGUGCCGGGUUUCUGAAAGAAGCAUUUGAGUUCAUUGACACCAUGAAGGUGGAGCCUAAUUCUGUCAUAUGGAGAACGCUUCUUGGGGCUUGUAGGGUCCAUGGUGAGAUCGAACUGGCUGAGCACGCUAACAGACAGCUGCUAAAGGCAAGGAGCGAUGACAGUGGGGAUUAUGUGCUCCUCUCCAACAUCUAUGCUUCAGCUGGGGAAUGGUUGGAGUCGGAGAAGAUGAGAAAGUUGAUGGACGACAGCGGUGUCAACAAGGAGGCGGGUCACACGGUUGUAGAUGGCAGCGCAAAGGAUCCAAUGCAGUCUUUCAGACGCUCAAAAUCACAUCCUGGACUGAAAGGAUUUAUUGAUUAAGUAUGUCAACUUUUGGGCUCACAGCUUCUGGUAUGAAACUUAACAUCUAGCACCGAUAAAAUUGAGAUGUGCAUUUGAUUCCAA